UGCAACGUGAGGAAAUAUAAAAUCUGUUAGUAACAUGUGAUUACUUAAAUAGUGAGGUCAAUGAAGUGGCAUGUUGUUUGUAAACAAUUUUCUAAUUUUACUGUCAUCUCAAAAUAUUCAUUUCCAUUUUCGGUCGCUGCCAAGAUGAAUCGUGGGAGAAUAAUUUCACUUCAUCCAGAAUGUGUUGACGUUAACGAACCAAGGAGUGAUGGCUUUGUUUCCAAGUUGGCUGAAGCGGUGAGCAGCUUGAAGGCAGGCAAUGUGAUAGCCCUGCCCACUGACACCAUAUAUGGUAUUGCUGGUCUAGCACAGAACAGUGAAGCUGUCAAUCAGAUAUACCACAUCAAGAAUCGAGACCUCAGCAACCCAAUUGCUGUCUGUGUUGGUCGUAUUCAAGAUGUCUACAAAUGGAGUAAAGUGACAAUAUCAGAGAGUCUGCUGUCUGAAUUGUUGCCGGGUCCUGUCACCGUGGUGCUGAGAAGGGGUGAGGAGCUAAAUCCCGAUCUAAACCCCGGCGUCAGUCUUGUUGGUAUCCGUAUUCCAGAUCACACGUUUGUGCGUGCUUGUGCCUUGUCAUGCAACGAGCCUCUGGUUCUUACCAGUGCUAACUUGAGCACCACUCCAAGUACAGUAGCUAUUCAGGAAUUUCAACACUUGUGGCCUAAACUAGAUCUCAUUUUCGAUGGUGGCACACUACCAAAGACAGAAAAACAAAGACUUGGUUCCACUGUUGUUGAUCUCUCUGUCCCGGGUAAAUACAGAGUUAUAAGAAAGGGCAGUGCAUAUGAAAAUACGAUGAAUAAACUGAUGCAUCACAAACUGGAAGAAAUAGUCACUGAACAAAACUCCAGAUGAUGGACAUUCAUUCAAUGUAUUAUUUAUUAUAUGAAAUGGAACCAAACGUUCCUGAACAAUUACUGAAAUAAUUCCAGUUUUCGUGUUGUGGAUAUUUGGCAAGUUGUACAAGCAAGCCCGGCAUCAAGCAUCCACUUCUAUUAAACAGGCCUAGCUCUGCCACUCACACAUUUUAAGAACAGUUGGCAAAUUUUACUUUUAUUUCGCAAACAAAAAUUUGGUAAUAAUUUGUAUUUUGCCUUUUUUGAGAUAAUUUGACAAAAUUGUCUGCUUAACCAGAGCUAGCUCUGAUUAACCAUUGACCUGUCCAAACAGGCCACCUUAAUAUUCUGUCAAAACUGGCUGUUGUAGUAACCUGUAUUAACCAGUUGUCUGUCUUCAGGGGACACCUUACUAGUCUGUCACAUCAUCCAAUACAUUAUAAUAUGUCUUGUACAUAACAGCCACCUGCUUAAAAGGCUACCGAACAAUUUUGCCAGAGCAGCUAGGGAUGACUACAUAACACUGGAUCCUUUGCCUAUACGGAUCACUACAACAUUGCUCAUGUGUUUUCUUGGCCACUGCAUUGAAUAUUAUGUCAGACAUUGCAUAGGACUAGCCCAUACCCAUAUGCAGUGUGAAUGGAUUCCCAAGUAUUUCUACAUCUAAGCUGUAUUUUAAAGGUUCAUUGUUAAGUGCCAUAUGUCAUUAUUCUUACAUCUGUUUGUAAUAAAUGACUACACGUUAAUCAACCACACACAUCAUUUUUGCAUAAUUAACUCAGGAAUAGCAACAUUCUAAUGUGCUGCUAAUUAGUUAUACUUGGCUAAAAACAGACAGUAUACAGUGCAAUGUUUUAGUUUUUAAUGUUUAAAAUUUACCAGUUCCGUUAUAUUAUUUCCUAUUUAAGUACAUGACGUUUUGAAUGAUAUCUUAUUAUUUAGGUAUUACAGAUGAAUGCUAUAGUCAUUCAUUCUUGUCAUGUUGGGAGUAACAGCAUUUUGAUUUACUUUAUUUAAGAGUACAAUCAUUAUUAUCAUUUAUUGAUAUACAUGUAAUAACAUGUAUAGUUAAUAGUUAAUAAUACAUCUACAUAUUUGUGUUUUGCUCAUUUUUCUGCAGUACAUAUAAUAAAGAGGUAGGCUAAAGAUGUAAUAUCGCAGUUAUAAGUGCCAUAUUGUUUCCUUGAAAGGGAUAGAGCAGUAGGAUUCCCUGGAAUAUAAGGGGGAGGGGAUAGAUUUGUUUCCUUGAAAGGGAUAGAGCAGUAGGAUUCCCUGGAAUAUAAGGGGGAGGGGAUAGAUUUGUUUCCUUGAAAGGGAUAGAGCAGUAGGAUUCCCUGGAAUAUAAGGGGGAGGGGAUAGAUUUGUUUCCUUGAAAGGGAUAGAGCAGUAGGAUUCCCUGGAAUAUAAGGGGGAGGGGAUAGAUUUGUUUCCUUGAAAGGGAUAGAGCAGUAGGAUUCCCUGGAAUAUAAGGGGGAGGGGAUAGAUUUGUUUCCUUGAAAGGGAUAGAGCAGUAGGAUUCCCUGGAAUAUAAGGGGGAGGGGAUAGAUUUGUUUCCUUGAAAGGGAUAGAGCAGUAGGAUUCCCUGGAAUAUAAGGGGGAGGGGAUAGAUUUGUUUCCUUGAAAGGGAUAGAGCAGUAGGAUUCCCUGGAAUAUAAGGGGGAGGGGAUAGAUUUGUUUCCUUGAAAGGGAUAGAGCAGUAGG